CGGCUCCGCCCCGCUGCGGGGGCCGCCCGCGCCGGUAGAGGCGGCUCCGUUGGCCGCUGUGACGCCGCCGGCGCUGGAACACCUGGAGGGGAGGAGGUGGUGGCGGCGGCGGCGCCUCCGGCUCGGCCCUCCCUUCCCCUCCGCCGCGGGCAAGGGACAUUGAUUUCCAGGAGAGCCAGGUGGACGUGUAGAGUGUGUAAGUGUGUGAAGAAAACAAGAAACAUGGAAGGUCAUAAGUACAAUUAUCCAAGGGAAUUUUAUGACCAAUAUGCUCAAAGCCAAGAAAAAUCUGUGGUUAAUAAAAUGCAACAGAAAUACUGGAAAACAAAACAAGCCCUUAUAAAAGUUACAGGAAAAAAGGAAGAUGAACACGUUGUGGCUUCGGAUGCAGAUCUGGAUGCAAAGCUAGAGCUGUUCCAUUCUAUUCAGAGAACAUGUAUGGAGCUGCUGAAAGCAAUUGAACUGUAUCAAAAAAGGAUUUGUUUUCUGUCUCAGGAAGAAAAUGAAUUGGGGAAAUUUCUUCGAUCGCAGGGUUCUCAGGAUAAAACAAGAGCAGGAAAAAUGAUGCAAGCCACGGGAAAGGCCCUCUGCUUUUCAUCUCAGCAGAGGUUAGCACUGCGUGCCCCUUUGAGUAGGUUAUAUCAAGAAGUGGAGACGUUCAGGUAUCGGGCCAUCUCGGACACGUGGCUGACAGUGAACCGGAUGGAGCAGUAUCGGACCGAAUACAGAGGAGCUCUGCUCUGGAUGAAAGAUGUGUCUCAGGAGCUGGAUCCAGAUCUGUAUAAGCAGAUGGAGAAGUUCCGCAAGGUUCAAGCUCAAGUGCGACACGCGAAACUCAACUUUGACAAACUGAAGACUGAUGUCUGUCAAAAAGUGGAUCUUUUGGGAGCGAGCAGAUGCAACCUCCUUUCUCAUGUGUUAACAACAUAUCAGACAACUCUUCUUCACUUUUGGGAGAAAACUUCGCACACGAUGGCAGCUAUCCAUGAAAGUUUCAGAGGUUACCAGCCCUAUGAAUUCACCAUGUUAAAGAGCUUACAAGAUCCUGUGAACAAAUUAACAGAAAAAGCAGAAAAGGAGGACCCGCAGAUUGAGAGCCCCGGAUCACUACAAGAUCAGCAGAGUCAGUUGAUUUCAUUAGAUGAGGAGAGCCAUACCAAGGAAUCAAACUAUUCAGCUGACAAUGGCAAGGAUGUCCUACCCGUCUUACAAGGAAAUUGUAACCACAAGCAGAACUCAGGUGCCAUAGAUGACUUAUUAGACCUGCAACCUGAAGAAAAUGCUUCAAAGGAUCAAUUUGUGAGGUCCUUGGAGGCGGAACCCGGUGACAAGGAUGACAUGGUGUUGCUGAAUGAGAUCCUCAACGCCUCCUCGCUGGAAGAGGGGGAGUUCAGCAGGGAGUGGACGGCUGUUUUUGGACAGGCUGCACUCCCUGAGCUCUCUGUGAACUCCUCAGCUGGGGACGUGGAGAACACGUCAUCCUCCGUGGCACCAACACCCUCGGGUUUCCUGCCCUCACAGCUCUUGGACCAAAACAUGAAUGACUUGCAGUCAUCUUUACAUGGAUGGGCAGCUGAUGGUGUGAGCCCGGCGUCUGCACCGCCGCCAGCACAGAAACCAAACAACAGCCCCAGCGCCACCGCCACCCCCGGCAAAGAACCUACAAAGAAUCCUAAAGACUUGACGGCCUGGUUCAGCCUCUUUGCUGACCUCGACCCCUUAUCCAACCCUGAUGCUGUCGGGAAAACUGAUAAAGAACACGAAUUGCUUAAUGCAUGAGGCAGCUGCCCACGGUAACUCCAUCCCUCCACCCAUCAACACUCUUUGGGGCUUUCAAAAAAACCCUCCAUGAAAACUAGUCUGCUGUUGUGAAACUUAUAAAGUAUGUGCCAUGAUAAUAAACCUAAAGGGAAUGAAUCCCUUUUUAUAUAGGUACA